GUAAAUAAAAACAAAUUAAAAAAUAAAAUUCACGUGUAGAUUUUAAGUUUGCAAAAAAAUUGGUACAAUCUUAAUUAUUAAUUGAUUUAAAAACAAUCGUUCAAUAUCCAUAAAUUUAGUAGACAUUGAAACAUUGUAAUCGACAGACGUGUCAUUGGGAAAUCAAAAAGAAAUAUUAAUUUGAUUUUGGUGAAAUUGUUAACAUCCAAAUUAUUUUAUAAUUAAAAUAAUUCACUGAAAAUGUCAGUUGAGAAUCCAAAAAGGAUGAAAAUGGAAGAUAAAACAGCAGAAAUUGAUAUUGAAGAAUCAUCGAGUACUCAAACUUUAAAAGAGCACAACAAUCCAAUUAUUGAAACAAAAGUUCAAGAAAAUGGAAAAAUCACAGAAUCUGAUCCUCAAAAACAAUCACCAGUUAAUAUACUGAGACGUCAAAAGCCACAACAAAAGAUUCCUGAUCCAUCAUCAGAAACUCCUCAUUGUCAAUAUUGGGUAAAAAGAAAAAGCCGGUACUGUAAAAUGACACUCAAAGCUGGAGCUAAGUUUUGUGGUGAACAUUUAACUGCCGACAAUAAGCCAGAAUUAGACGAAAAAAGAGUUUUAUGUCCAUUAGAUCCAACACACUCGGUCUACACCUUCAAACUUGCGAGACAUUUAAAAGUUUGUAAUGUUAAAAAGAUGGAAAAUAAUGAAAGAUAUGUGAAAAAGAAUUAUAAUGUUGGAGAAAUUCGAGCUGCCGAUGAGGAUGAUGAAGCUUUCAGACUUAAAGAUGUUAGUCAAGACGAAAUUGACAGGGUAACAAAAAUCGUUGGUAAUCUUUAUGAUAAAUUUAUUGAAGGAAAUAUAAAAAACUUCAUAAAAUCGCAUAAAAUAUUUGAUGAGGAACUGAAAAUUGAACAUUAUGGAGAUGAAAAAAUUCGUCAUUUAAUUCAGACUUCCUCUAUUCUGGGGAUACUUAAAGAGAAUAAGUUACUUGAGCCUGCAACUUGUUUUAUCGAUUUAGGUGCUGGGAAAGGAAAUCUUAGCUUUUGGAUGUCAAAAGUAAUUUUAGAUGACAAAAUUGAAGAUUCUAAAGUUUUAGUUGUAGACCGAGCAUCUCACAGACAUAAAAAAGACAACGUUCUUAAAGAUUCAGGUGUUGUUGAUCGUUUAAGAGUUGAUAUUGGUGAUUUAGAUAUGACAGAAUUAAAUUUCAAUUCAUGUAAGUCAAUAGUCGGUGUCAGUAAGCACUUAUGUGGCCGAGCAACAGAUUUUGCACUAAGAUGUCUCAUAAAUGGAAAUGAAGGUACAGUGAAGACGAAAGGAUUUCUCAUCUGUGUCUGUUGUCAUCAUCAAAUCACUUAUGAUAGCUUCUUGGGUAAGGAUUGGAUGAUUCAACAUGGAUUUGAUCGUAAAACUUUCAAUAUACUAAUAAAAAUGGUAUCAUGGUGUACAUGUGGUGAUGGAAAGAGUCGUGAGCAGCACAAAGAACGUGGAAAUGAAACAGAUGAAAAAUUGAAGGAACGAGAACUUGUUGGAUGGAAAUGUAAAAGAUUGCUUGACUUUGCCAGGGUUGAGUUCAUGAGGAAACUUGAUUAUGAUACCAAUUUGUGUUAUUAUGUUGAAAAAGAGCAGACUUUAGAGAAUAUUUGUAUUUUUGGGAAAAUUAAAGAAAAUUAAGUAUAUUUUAUUGAAAAAAAGCUGAUCAGAAUUAAAGCAAAAGUUCCGUACUAAAUACUUUCAUUUUAUUUUAAUAAAUUUUAAAUUUAAUUACAUAUAUACAGCAUUUAAUCGUCCAACAACCUUACUAAAUG